AUGGCGAGCUCUACAGUUACAACUCACUUCGCCCAUUCUCCGCCGCAAAAUGUCCAUUAUGGCUACGUGUCUCCCCCUUCACCGCCGAUGGAUGACACGACAUCCAAGUGUUCGCUUCCCUCUAUUUCCAACCUGCUCGGCCUGGCAGACCAAGGCUCUCCCACUUCCGAAACCUCUCUGCAAUCACAGCAACAGCAGCAACAACAACAACAACAACAACAACAACAACAACAACAACAACAACAACAGCAAUCACAAACAUCAAAGCCUGAGACACGACCUGUCUCGACCGGUUAUGGGGGAGUCACAGCUCCAGCAUUACCGGUGCCCAAGACAGCCUUCCCUCCAAGUCCACCCCUGACUUCGGACUCUUCUUUUGAUAACUUCAAUCCUCCAUCUGCUCGCCCUCUGAGCCAAGUAUCGAAUGGGUCAAGCUAUUAUUUUGAGACGACGCCGCCUCUCCAACUGGAUCACCCCGAGUCCCGACAGAUGCCUUCCUCAGCUACCGCGCCUCCCUCCCGUGUCUCGGUUCAGAGCUCCGCGUAUCAACCCCAUUACACUGGUCCGACCUAUCUCGGUCAACCAGCAAUGACUUCUUAUUACCCGCCCCCGCAGCCUCCUGUUUCUGCUCUUUACUACCAGCGGCCACUUCCCCAGAACUUCCCACCCCCGCUUUCCAUGCCCAUGACUCUUGCACCUACGGCGGCUGCUGGUGCAGCCAACCCAUGGCAACACCACCACUACCUUGCACCAUCAUCGACAGCAUCCUACCCGCAGAGCCAGGACCGGUACAUCUGCCCAACAUGCAACAAGGCCUUUUCUCGUCCCAGCUCUCUGCGCAUCCACAGCCACUCGCAUACAGGCGAAAAGCCCUUCAAGUGCCCCUUUCCUGGAUGUGGCAAGGCCUUCAGUGUACGCAGCAAUAUGAAACGUCACGAACGUGGCUGCCACAACUACGACAGCGGGAGCACCCAUAGCAGGAGUAGCAGCGUCGGCAGCAGCCUCAGCACUAGCCUUGGCAUCGGCAGGCCGUAA